AUGUCGUUUAUGGGAGGAGCCGAAUGCUCCACGGCAGCGAAUCCUUUGAGCCAGUUUCAAAAACACGUCCAAGAUGACAAGACUCUGCAGCGAGACCGACUCGUUGGGAGAGGACCCGGUGGUCAGAUGGGUGGCUUUCGAAGCCAGGCUGCCAAUGCUCCCCAGGACGAGAUGAUGAAUGGCUUCCUCAAUGGCGCCCCGAACCUCCAGCAAGAAUUUCCCAUGCAAGCAGGACCUGCUCUGAACCCAGCACAACAUGCCCCGAUGCGCGCCGGCUCAGCGUCGCCGUCGUGGGCUCAAGACUUCAACGGUCAGCCAGGCAUCGAGUCGGCUUUUAAGCCUCCGCCUGGCGCUCACUUCUCCUCGGAUGAAUUUGCGAGAUUCCAACAGCUGAAUGGUCAAGCAUCAUCAGCGAGGUCCAGUCCAAUGCAGAAUGCCAACUUGUCCAGCCAAAUGCCCCAACGGCCAAUGAUGGGAGUUGGCAUGAUGAAUAUGGGAAUGGGCUAUGGCCAGUUCCAACCCAUGUAUCAGAACCAACCUUUCCAGCAGCACCAACAGCAACAGCAAACCGAGGGCAAAGGUAAAGGCAAGUUGAUAGAGUUGGACGAUAGCAAAUGGGAGGAGCAGUUUGCUCAACUCGAGCUCCAGGACCAGGAGGCCGAAGAGCUCAAGGAGAAGGAGAAGGAGCACGACGAAGCCAACGCGGCUGAGCGAGAACUUGAUGAGAUUGACAAAGCAAUGCAAUCUGAAACUAAUGAGUUUGGUGACUUCGAAUCCCUCUGGAAAGGAAUCCAAGCUGAGACGGCUGCUGCUAGAUCCAUGGUCAACGACGAUACCUUUUUCGACCAGUUCGAUACCGAAUGGAGCAACGACAACAUCCCCGCCGACUUCUCCAUGGGAGACUGGGGUCGAUUCGGUGAUCCUGUCGUCGAGAGCUACCUGUUCGAACAAGAAAAUUUCUUCCGCGACGAAAAGAACGCGUUCGACGAAGGUGUACGGGUUAUGAAGGAGGGCGGGAACCUAUCUCUUGCGGCCUUGGCAUUCGAAGCCGCCGUACAGCAAAACCCUAACCACACCGAGGCAUGGGUGUACUUGGGGAAAGCCCAGGCUCAGAACGAAAAAGAGACGGCUGCAAUUCGUGCCAUGGAACAGGCAUUAAAGUUGGAUCCCGACAAUUUGGAAGCGUUGAUGGGCUUGGCGGUAUCGUACACCAACGAGGGGUAUGACAGCACUGCCUAUAGAACACUGGAGCGCUGGCUCUCGGUCAAGUACCCUAGCAUCUUGGAUCCCAAGAAUCUACACCCAGCCUCCGAGAUGGGCUUCACUGACCGCCAAAUCCUUCACGAAAAGGUGACGAAUCUGUUCAUUGAGGCUGCUCGUCUCAGUCCUGAUGGAGAGCACAUGGAUCCCGAUGUCCAAGUUGGUCUGGGCGUAUUGUUCUAUGGUGCGGAGGAAUACGACAAGGCGGUGGACUGCUUCCAGUCGGCACUACAUUCAUCAGAGCUGGGUACAUCAAACCAACAAGAACAGGUUCAUCUGCUUUGGAACCGACUUGGUGCCACGCUGGCGAAUAGCGGACGGUCAGAAGAAGCCAUUGCUGCUUACGAGCAUGCGCUUUCCCUAUCUCCCAACUUUGUUCGGGCUCGUUACAACCUCGGCGUAAGCUGCAUCAACAUCAACUGCCAUCAGGAGGCUGCUUCUCACUUCUUGGCUGCCCUGGAGAUGCACAAGUCCAUUGAGAAGUCUGGGCGAAGCAAGGCCCACGAAAUCCUCGGUGACAAUGCCGGCAGCAACGUGGACGAGGUCAUUGACAGAAUGUCUGCACAGAACCGCAGCAGCACGCUGUAUGACACUCUCAGGAGAGUGUUUACUCAGAUGGGACGCAGAGACUUGGCGGAGAAGACGGUCGCUGGCGUUGACCCUGACAUUUUCCGACCAGAGUUUGACUUUUAG